AUGACAACAGAAGGAGGAGAAGAGAAUCAAAGAUGCCCUCUUUGUGUGGAGGAGAUGGACUGGACGGAUCAGCAGUUCAAGCCUUGCAAGUGUGGGUACCGAUUAUGUGUUUGGUGUUUUCAUCGAAUUAUAGACACCGCCGAAAAGGAUGAUUCCGACGGCCGGUGUCCCGGCUGCCGGACGAUCUACCACAAGGACCAAAUUAUCUCGAUGCAAGUAGAUUUUGACCGGUGUAGUAGUGCCGCCGUUGCGGCGGCGUCCAGGCAUAAUCGGGAAAUCAAACCUCAGGUGACGUCGUCAAAGGGAAAACCUAAUCUCGCCGACGUCAGGGUGAUUCAGAGAAACAUAGCUUAUGUAAUUGGUCUCCCUUUUAGUCUCUCCGACGAGGAAGUCUUACAGAGGAAAGAAUAUUUCGGUCAAUACGGGAACGUUUCAAAGGUUUCUCUGUCUCGGACCGCAGGCGGAGCUGUUCAGAGGUUUGUUAAUGGUACUUGUAGCGCUUAUGUGACUUAUUCGAGCGAGGAUGAGGCCUUACGUUGUAUUAAAUCAGUACAUGGAUUUGUAUUGGAUGGUAAAAGCUUGAAGGCUUCUUUUGGAACUGCAAAGUAUUGCCAUGCUUGGUUGAGGAAUGUACCUUGCAGUAAUCCUAAUUGUCUGUUUUUACAUGCCAUUGGGGCUGAUGAAGAUUGUUGUUUUGGGAAAGAUGAGGUUGCCGCGGUUGAUACUAGGAAUCGAGUGAAAGUGGUUACCGGCGUUUCGAAUUGUAUGUUAAAGCGUUCAGGGAAGGUGUUACCUCCUCCUGUUGAUGGAUUGCCUAAUGAUAAUAAUAACAGUGACUCUGCAUUGGAAAACCUUACUGCGACAAGUACCUCGAAUGAUUCAGUCUGCGAGACGACGGCUUCUGUAGAUGUUGUCGGAAUUAGUAGUCCUCCUGGUAGUUCUGUUCCAGAAAAAGAUGAGAUUAGAGCAGAAGAUAGAAGAAUAUCAGCUGAUUUGAUGCGUUCUUCUGAUCAAUCUUCUGUAGUUAAAGUGCCAUCUCCUGAUGAUCACCUUGUUAGUAGACUACCAAGCGAUAAUGGACCGUCGCAUGUCGAAUUAUUUAGGGAGGAGGCUGUGAUUAGCCAAUCAUCUUAUCCUGCAAGGAUUUCAGAGGAUUCUAGUAGUUUCAGCAUUGUUGACCAGAGACAGAGUUCUGUACACAGCCUCAAAGACGAGGCUUCUGUACCAAUUACCACCGUAAAUAGUGUAUUAAAUGACCAAGGGAAUGAGUUGAAAUUUCAGCCUUAUACUAAAUCAGAUGGGAUUCAGCCAAGUUCUAACACUUUUUCCAAGGAAGAAAUCGCUGAACAUUUACGGAGGAUAUAUGGUUAUGAGCACUCAACCGAUGCUGAUGAAAAAGGCGCACUUGAAGCUGUUGAGAAGACUCUAUUGUCACUUGAUCUUGAUUCAGUCGACGACGAUUCCUUUACCUUGCCUCGUGAAUCCGGGUUCUCCUUUCCAAGACGAAAUGGUGUAGCAGGUGCUGCUAAUCGCAAUAACUUUGGUCAGAUGUCAAAUACUACUACUUCUUUCAAAGACCAUUAUUACUUGUCUAAUCCUCAACAUCAAGCAAUAUUCAGGCCUCCUCCUCCUACUAGUUUGGCUCCUUCAGGUUUUUCUUUACCCUCCACUGAAGCACCUCCUGGUUUCUCUGCAUACGAUAAGCCGGGCGAUAGGUGGCCUAAUUCUUCUUCUGGAAGUCUUGUUAAUACCUGCAGCUUACCAUAUCCAAGCAAUUUGAAUAAUCAAAUGCCUGCUAUAAUAAGAAAUAAUGGUAGUAGUUAUGAUACUGGCUUUCGUGACCCUGCAAUCUUAAGCUGUGUUGAAGGCAAACCAUCAAACGGAUUUCAUAUCCCCAGCAUGAAUACUACAAGUCUAGCUUCUUCUAAUCAACAGAUGGGAGGACUGGAUGAUGAGACUAGACUCUGGCUUCUUAUGCGAGAUCAGGCGACUGCGAAUCUGGCCUCGAAAUAUUCCCGAAAUUUCAUGCCUCAGACACCUUUCCCUCAAGCACCAAUGGCGCCAUAUCCUGGAUAUGACCGGGUAUCGUCUUUGAGUGAUGGCUACGGUUAUCAAUCAAGACCGAUGAUGGAUCAAUCUCAACGGUAUGGACAGUCUUCUUAUGGAAACCUGUCGCAGCAGAUGAUCGGGAAUGGGCACAUUUCCAACCGGUAUCCUUUCAGUUUUGCUGAGGUCCAGAGGAAGAAUGAAGCUGCCAUGGCAGAACUUCAAAGAAAGGAGAGACUAAUGAGCAAUUACUAUCCUGGAUAUGGAGAUUCAAAGUAUCAUCAGACGGCCAACUCUGGCGAUUUAUAUUCCAGAAUUUUUGGGAUGUAACUGCUUGGGUUGGAGUAAUCAUUGAAAUUAAAAUACUUCAUGACUUAUUUGUUAAGUAGCUAGCUAGUGCAAAAGUUUACCAAAAGACGAAUUCUUCGGGGUGGAAUCCAUCUUUUGUAUAAAUUGUAAAUUGUGG